GGCGCACCCGCCCCUCGCAGUGCAUUGUUGGGAGAACAGUAUCGCGCAAUGCAUAUAAGUAUAGCAAGUCGUGAGUUAUUGAGGCUCUCACCAAGAAAGCACGCUUCUUUGAGCCAUCCACCAGCCAGGCAGCCGGAGUCGGCCAAAUUCCUCGUCCGAACUGUUUUAGGACUAUAGUAUCGGCGCUCUUUAUCUCCGGUACCAUCGAGAAGCACUCCAGGCUUCCGCUAUUUCUCGUCCACGUCAGCUUUAAAUAAAUAGUCGCGGCAGCGCCUCAGUGACGUUGCGUCCUGAGGUGAUUCUGUCCUGCGACACACGCAAUACCGUCACCAUUCCACCAUCGACUACUUUCUCGUCGCGAUUGCGAAUGCUACGGACGUACUUGCGAACUCGGCCUGGUCUCUUGCACAAGACUGUUGGAUUUGGUGGCGCAAGCUAUAUCAGCUUGAGUCUGAGCACGCCGAUCAGGAUCGACAGUAAGAGUAACGCGACAAUGGCAACCCAAGGCUCCGAGGCGGGUGGCGAGGUCAGGGAGAGAGGGCAGCAGGCUGUACGGCAGAAGGAGCAGAGCGAAGUGCAGCAGGGGAGAUUUACAAAGUGGUUCCCGUUGAGCGCGAAGGCUGGGUUCGAUCAAUGGUGGGCAGGCUUAUCGCCUAUGGCCACCGAGCACCGGGUGCUUUCCUUCAUCCCUCACCUCCAGAGCCCACCUACGCACACGGAGACAGGUUCCGCACCGGCUGACCCUGCAGCGCCACCGAAGCAUUCAGAAGAGCAUACUACUACGAACCGCCUCGACGAUCCAUACGGCCCCCGACAAUGGAACUCGCAAAUGGUACAGCUGAGUGGCAAGGAUCGCGCCUUGAACGAGUUCUCAGUCGAGCGUUUGGGCGAGGAGGUUGAAAACAACCUAGUACUUUUGCAUGGCUAUGGAGCAGGCUUGGGCUUCUUCUACAGGAAUUUCGAGUCGAUAUCGCGUGCUGAGGGUUGGAAAGUCUUCGCGCUAGACUUGCUGGGUAUGGGCAGGAGCAGCCGGCCAAACUUUAAGAUCCAUGCGAAAGACAAGGCGGGAAGGAUAUCAGAGGCCGAAUCUUGGUUUGUGGAUGCUCUAGAGGAGUGGCGGAUUGAGCGUGGUCUGGAGCGAUUCACGCUGCUGGGCCAUAGUCUGGGCGGUUAUCUGGCUGUGGCAUAUGCUUUGAAGUAUCCAGGCCAUUUGAACAAGCUCAUCCUUGCCUCACCCGUUGGCAUCCCGGAAGAUCCGCAUGCAGUCAGCGAGGACGUACCCGAACCGCAAGAUUCGACGAUGGCGAACGAGUUUACACAGGAUGCCGCAGAAACUAAUAAUGGCGUGAAGGCAUCCACGGCAGACAAUAACAACUUCAUGAACCAGCAGAAGAAGCAGGGCUCUACAAAGGACGCUAACCAACCUCCCAAGAGGCGAUUGCCCGGCUGGCUGACAUACCUCUGGGAAGCUAACAUGAUCUCACCUUUCACAUUUGUUCGCUGGAGCGGGCCACUAGGACCUCGUCUAGUCUCAGGUUGGACAUCUAGGCGGUUUUCGCAGCUGCCAGAAGAAGAAGCGCAAGCAUUGCACGAUUACAGCUACGCCCUGUUCCGCCAGCGCGGCAGCUCGGAAUACGCACUUGCUUACCUACUUGCACCCGGCGCAUUUGCUCGCAGUCCCUUGAUCAGGAGGAUCCAAGGCGUAGGCCGGCAAUGGAUACAAGCCCACGAAGCACCCACAGUAGAUGGCGACACACCACCUCGCUCUUCACUCCCCUCUGCACAACAAGGUCAGCGCGAGACGGGCUUCCCGAUCAUCUUCAUGUAUGGCGAGAACGACUGGAUGGACGUAGCCGGGGGCCUAGCGGCUGAAGAGAAGCUCAAGCAGGAGCAGAAACGCAUAUUAGCACAUGCGUCGGCAGAAGAUAAGCGGAAAGAAAACGGUGAGGCGAAAGUCGUCAUUAUCAACAAGGCCGGACACCAUGUCUACCUUGACGGGUGGGAGCAGUUCAAUCGCGUGAUGUUAGAGGAGAUGGAGGACGUGAAGCGACGGGAGAAAGAGCGAAGGCAUUUAUAGUACAACAGAGGGGUUUGGCGGAUUGGCAUGUUAUCGGCGUUCGGUACACAAGCGAGGGUAUUAGACGACUGGGCGUAUUAGACAACGAUAUGUACACUGUAAUGAAUGGCUUGGAUCAACUGCAUAGUAGAUGUUCACGUAAGCACGCACCUCUUGCCACUGCCUCACAACCAAAAAGACAGCGUUACACUGACUGUGUAUAAAGACGGUAAAAAGGCAAAAACAAAGUAGAA